AAGGGGGAGGGCAACUGCGCAUCGAUCUGAGCUCUGUUUGGACAGCUGCUUUCUCCCCAAGUUCCUUGCCAACAUCUCUGCUUGGUUCUCCUUCUGAGAGUAUGAGUGUGCAGUACACAGCGAGAGAGGGCGCCGUAAAGCCGUGCAAAGGUUUUGAACGACAAGUCUGCUCAAGCGAUGGGCAAGCUGAUCGCCUCUGAGCUGAUUGAACCAGGCUCAGCUUGUGGCAUUUGAGCUUGAGUCAUCCAAUUUGCAAUGCUUCUAACAUAAUCCGCUGCAGAAUGCAACAAACCCCUCAGAAAUUUGAAGCAUCCGAGUCAUGGAUCGUCACAAAGCCAAUCAUGAGCAACAGCACGAAGAUCUGUGUGUGCGAUUAAAGUCCUGGUGCGACCAGUGGGUUUCCAUCGCUGAGCUGGGCGAUGGCUUCAGCUCUGACACCGGUGACUCAGGUCUUGACACAGCUGGACGUAGUCAGAUUAACGCACAUAGGGGCGGCAGCAAGGAGUGCCAGAGCAGUCUCAAUCUGACGCAAGCACUGAUUGCCUGUGAGCUCGAAGAGGAAAGCAGCUGCCUUCUGGCUGUGAAACCAAGGCAAGACGGGAAGUAUGAUCUGCAGAUCUGUGACGGUUUGGGACAGGGUUUGGGCCACGGUUUGUUUCUGGGUUUUGUGGGCAGGAGGGUCGGUUUGAAGCAGCGCAGUGGGCUGGACACAGCGUUCGCAAUCCAGUUUGCCGACAGGAACAGGGUCUGCUUCCAAGGGGGAAGCGAGAACUUGUUCCUCUCGGCUGACCCCCAGGGGCGUAUUUACACAGGGCCCACUCGGCCUCGCAAGUGGGAGUGGUUCACAAUGCUGCCAACGUCUCAACCAGGGCCUUCCCCUAGCAGGCCGAUGCCCCUGCCUGUGCGCGUCAACCUGCGUGGCCACAACGGCCGCUACCUCUGCACGUCCCACGCCACCGUUUCGGCGCACGCCGAGGUGCCCUGCUGCUGCGAGGAGUUCCUUCUACAAGUCGGGCCGAUUCCGCAGAGAGAUUCAGCAGAUUCGGAGAUCGAUGCCUCCUCUAGUAACGAUUGGAACACCAUCUCUGCUGCGUCCGAAGACGAGAUUCUUAGCGCCGACCCAUCCGGCGGCCUAUCAAUCGUUCCCCGGGAGAAUGCUCGGGGGAGAGAGCACUUUCUGGUUCAUCUGACGUGCCCAAAGUGGCCACGUGUCGCAAUCCUACACCAAACCUUGCCCAGGGAUCCCUCCCUCGAGCUCUCGAAGCAGGACCGUGAGGAGGGGCCGAGCGACCGGGGAUCGUGCACGGAUGAAAACGGGAAUGGGCGCUUUCUUGUGGAGGUGGUGAAGUCGGAGCAGGGAAAGGCCCCCGGGGAAUUUGUGAGAAGCUACGUUGGUGUUGAGUCGAAUGGCCGGGUCGUGUGCGACCGGCCUCAGCCCCAGACCUGGGAGCAAUUCACACUGGAGCUCGUGUCUGGGUCCAGGGUCUUUAUCCAGGGUGUGAACGGGCGCUUUCUCGCGGGCGCUCCGAAAUUCGACGGCUCCGAGCGAACGCCAGUCAACGUCACGACGUCUCGGCCGCCCGAUUGCUGGGAGGUCCGAUCGCACGGCGACGGGCUUUGCACUCUUGUUCUGGCCCCGGUAGAAACUGGUCGGGGCGAGACGUAUUUAUUCGUUGACGAUUUCGGACGGCUGCAGCAGUCGAACGAGCCGGCGGUGCAGUUUCCGGCGACCUGCUCGCUAUUCUCCCUAGAGCCGGUCGCCGCAAAAGCACUCCGUUCCGCGGGGCAGGAACGAGGUGCAAGGAACCCGGCGAAAGAGCUGCUCGCGCAUCUUUCUCGGCGGGGAGAAGAAGACGGUUUGGGGUCCAGGGUUUCAGACGAACGGAUCGUCGGGUUCUCGAUUCGGACCGCUGGGAAAGUGUCCGGAAGGGAGCGGUAUCUGAGCGUGGAGCCGAACGGGGCGGUGAAGGCGAGCAGAACUAGAGUGGGCAGGACCGAAGUCUUUGCUCUGUCUGACGUCAACGCGUUGGCCGCUCGCGCGGACCCAAUCGCCUUUCCGUGUCACGCGGCCGCAACCGCAAACCCUCUCCAAACCCCGCCGGCGCCUCCUCCAGCGACCGCGCAGGAGCGAGCCGAAGUCAGAGCCGCCGAAGAAGCCACGGCCCGCGAAGCACGCGUCGAGACGUCCCGGCAGCGCCAAAAGGUCCGCGCGGCCGCCCGCGCGCUCGAGACGCGCGCCCCAAACCCCAAACCCCGCCCGGCCACGCUGCAGGCGCUUUGUGCCGACGCGAUCGCGACCGAGGCCGCCCGACGGCUUCCCUGCGCCCCUCGGUGCACUUCUCCGGCGGCGUGUCUCUCUUCCUGGGGGGUCGGAUUGCCCCACCUCAGCCCCCCCAAAACCGCACCAAAGCAGCCGUUGGAGCUGGGAAGUGAAAAAUGCGAGGCCCUGUUGGACGAGAUGUUGGGCGUUUUGGCGGGCGCCGCCGCGCCUCCCUGCUGCUACGACGGGGCCUUUCCGGAGGAGACCCGCACGCAAACCAUGCGGGUUAUCCCUAACGACGUGCUGGACCAGAUCGACGCCACGUGGGCCGCGCGCCAGCCGCGCGCGCACUCGUGCAAGGGCCACGUGGCGCCCUACCGGCGCUUCCCCGAGCGCGCCCGCGCGCGCGCCUUUCAGGCGAUGCACCGGGCGCCCCACCGGGGUUUCGGCGACGAGGGUUUCGUCUGCAAGCAGUGCUCGAGAGACGGGUUAACCAGGCUUGACCCGGUAAUUAACCCGGCGCACCACCGGUUCUUGGAGGUACAGCAGCGGCUUCGCGGUGUGAAUGGGCCCCUCCCCCGCGCGAUGUGGAACCCGCUCACUCUGACAGCUGUCAGCAUGGUGUCGACAUUGCUGUGCUUCUCCAGGGGGCCGAGCGGCGGAGGGCGGCCGCGGACUGGAGACUCGGAGUGAUGAUGACUAUCGAAAGUCACGUGACAUGAAGGUUGCGAAGACCUGCUCCAAGCAUGUUUGAACGGGCCGUUAACCAGUAUUGGGAGGCGGAAACUAAACGAGGCGACGAAGUAUGUGGUACCUGAGAACUUUAGGUGAUUCAUUCUCGUCAUGGAAAAUUGCAUUUGGGGUUUAAUCAGCAAACAGAGAAGUGGGUUUAAAUAGCGUAUAGAGAAGUCAUUCUGGUGCGAACGAUUGUGGAAUAUCGGUCAAAUCGGUGUUGGUUGUUUUUCAAGUUGCCGCGAAAGUGCGGACGUACUAGAAUACCCGUAAGUGGUGCUUCUUGCACGUGGUAAGGUCAUCAAUCUUCCGGAACCUGUUUCCCAAACGCGGACAAUUCAACACAGAGUUCUGGAGGUUGUUUGUUGCCUUUCGGUUCUGGUCAGACUCUGUACAUACAGGUGAUUGUGAUAAGGACACAGGUGUUUGCGAUAAGGCUCAGGAAUGGUUUAUAAGCGAUUGGCAAGAUAAGGUUUGUGUAGACUUUGGCCGGCCUGGCUGGUUGUCACUAUGUGCGGCAUUUGUCCGCUAAGUGAAGGGUAUAUUGAAUUUGCUUAGCAGAACCUGACUAAGAUAGAUGAAACCUAGGAUAUAUCAAACUUCAUUUGCUCAUUAUGGCAGAGUAUGGAAGAAGGCCGUCGUAUGCUGAGUUGCGUCCACGAUACGGAC